AUUCCAGAAUCCUAAUUAUGGUUUAGAAGUAGUUAGAAAGAAAGAAGAGCGUGCAGAAUUGAAUAAUCAGAUUGCUAAAGAGUACCGCUCAACUUUUUUAGAGUUACCCCAAUUGUUUAGUCCUCUUAACUAAGUUUAACUUCCAUUAUUAAUAGAGGCCAUCAAACUGCUGAUAGACAUUUAAAGGGAACUAAUAUGGAGCCGAAAAUUCUACUGCGUGAACUGGAUGAAGAAGCACGCAUACUGCCUGCUAAGAAGUUUGUUAAAUUUGAGUCGUGUUUGUACUAUUUAGCCGCUGAAGUGUGAAUUCUAAUGCUGUGUAUGGUUUUAAAUUGUGCUAGGUUGGUGAACAAAGUCGCAGUUAUAACUGGGGGUGCAAGAGGGAUUGGAGCUGCUGCGGCCAAGCUAUUUGCCCGAAACGGUGCCCAUGUUGUGAUUGCCGACAUACUUGACGACUUGGGAGCUGCACUGGCCGACUCUAUUGGGGGACGGUACAUACACUGUGAUGUGUCCAAGGAAUCUGAUGUUGAAUCAGCUAUUGAGCUUGCACUCGGAAGGACAGGCCAGCUUGACAUCAUGUUCAACAAUGCUGGUAUUUCUGGUCCGUCGGGGAGUAUAACCAGCCUUGACAUGGGAAAGGUGCAGCAACUACUCUCAGUCAACACUUUCGGCUGUUUACAUGGGAUUAAGUAUGCAGCAGCAGCUAUGAUCAAAACCAGAACAAGCGGGAGCAUCAUCUGCACAUCGAGCACUGCAGCUAUCAUGGGCGGCCUUGGUGGACAUGCCUACACAUUGUCAAAGGAGUCCAUCAAUGGACUGGUGAGAAGCGCUGCAUGUGAGUUGGGAGUCCAUGGCAUUCGUGUGAACAGUAUUUCUCCACACGGGGUUCCUUCAGAGAUGCUGGUCGCUGCCUACAGAGAGAUUCUUGGGAAAGAGGAUAUGCAGGCCGAAGAUGUAAGCAAGAUUGUGGGAGAAAGGGCGAGCUUGUUGCAUGGCAGAUGUGGAACUGUGGAAGAUGUCGCAGAAGCUGCAUUAUUCCUUGCCAGUGAAGACUCAGGGUUCAUAACAGCCCAUAAUCUUGUCCUUGAUGGGGGUUAUACUUCUGCUGUCAGUACCAUGAGCUUCAUUUAUCAAUUUACCAAUAGACAAUAGUCACACAUACCAGUGGUGAAUGUCAAUCUUAUAUAACAUAUACAAGCAUGAAACUGCUUCCUGAGUUUAAGCAUAAUGAGAAUUCUUUUGGUAGUAGUUGCAAAGUACCACCAAACGUUGGAGAACCUUUAAGGGAGAUAUCACUAAGAGAGUUCGGA